GUGUACUUUGUCUCUACUAGGCCCCUUCUGCUCUCUUUUCUCAUUUAUUUAUAUUCCUUUGCUUUAAUAACAAGACCGCAUAAAACCUGAUCAGAAAUAAAAUAGAUUUACACAUUUUUUGUUGAAAAUGAAUUAUACAUUUAAUUUUGGUUUAAAUAGGGAGGGCCCUUUUGGUUUUCAGUGGCGUUGAAGCUUAUUUUAUUGAUUUUCAUAGAUUUUUGUUGGGUUUACAGUGGAAGGUUUGAAAAUGAGUGGGAAUGAGAGGGAAGAAGAAAUUGUGUUUGAGAUUUGUGUGGUGGUUCCAAAGAAAAGUGAAAAGCAAGGGGACGAGAGCAGUCUUGAUUGUGUUGAGGUUCUUGCUGAUGAGUUCAAGAAAGGAGGACUAAUUGUUGAAAGAGUUAUUGGCCUUCAAAAUGAAUUUAUCAAGUUGUCAGCACCAUUGGAGAUUCUGGGGAAGGCUGCGGCUGAGUUGCAAUUCACAAAACGAACUCAUAUAGGAAUGGAUUUGCCAUUUGAAUGGGAUGAGGUAGAAGCCUUUGUUAGGCAACCUGAUGGAUCCUUGUUCACUUGGUGUGAGCAUUUCCGUUGCUACAAUCACAUAAUAUACGGGAUUGUGAGUUAUUUAUAUUCUUUGUAUGAAUAUUUUAUAGAUGAAAACAAGCGGAAGAAGCUCCUAAGAAGUUGGGCACUGAACUGGUGGGACUUUACAACACAGCCAAUUGACGAGAUAUAUUUAUACUACGGAGUGAAGAUUGCCAUCUACUUUGCUUUCCUCGGAAAGUACACAAGGUGGUUGUUGUUUCCAGCUACAUUAGGACUUACAAUGCAGUUGGUUGAUUUUGGGUCAAUACAACUUUUGGUUCUCCCUAUUUUCUUCAUAUGCCUGAUUUCUUGGGCCGUGUUGUUUUUCCAAUUCUGGAAACGAAAAAAUUCAGCUCUUUUAGCUAGGUGGCAUAUUAAUCAUUUGGCGGGUACAGAAUCGGAUUAUAAAUUUUUCCAAGUGGAACAGAGCUCAUUAACAUCCCCUGCAGAACUUAUGAUGAAAAGAGGGAUGGAUAGUAUGAAAGAGAAAGCAUUCUUCCAAAGAGAAGAAUGGUUCAGAUGGUUGAUGAGAUUUAGAAAUGAUGCCAUUAUUAUAUUGAGUAUCAUAUGUCUCCAGCUUCCUUUUGAAUUGGCUUAUGCUCAUCUCUAUGAAGUUAUUGGGUCUGACUUCUUGAAGUUUUGUCUGACAGCAGUUUACCUCCUUGCAAUUCAGUACUUCACCAGAAUGGGGGGAAAGAUAUCAGUGAAGCUUGUUAAAUGUGAAAAUAAUGAAAAUGAAGAGUAUAGAGCUCGCAGUUUGGUCUACAAGGUGUUUGGUCUUUACUUUAUGCAGACAUAUAUUGGAAUAUUCUACCACGCUCUAUUGCAUCGCAACUUAAUGACCCUUCGCCAAGUAUUAAUCCAGCGUCUAAUUAUAUAUGAGGUGCUGGAAAAUCUGAUGGAGAAUUCUAUACCAUAUUUGACAUAUAGCUUCAAGAAAUUUAGAGCCGUCCGGAACAAGCAAAAGCGUGAACGAGGGUCAUCUACAGGGAAGGUACGGUGCUUUCCUAGGGUAGAGAAGGAAUAUCUGAAACCUACUUAUGCUGCAAGUAUUGGCCAUGAACUUGAAGAUGGACUCUUUGAUGAUUUUCUGGAGUUAGUAUUGCAGUUUGGGAUGAUCAUGAUGUUUGCUUGUGCAUUCCCACUAGCUUUCGCCUUUGCCACUCUGAAUAACCUGACUGAGAUGAGGACAGAUGCACUAAAACUACUAGCCAUGAUGAGACGGCCUACACCUCGUGGUGAUGCGACCAUUGGAGCUUGGCUAAAUAUAUUUCAGUUCCUGAUAGUGAUGUCAAUUUGCACGAAUUCGAUCCUCCUGGUGUGCUUGUAUGAUCAGGAUGGAGAAUGGAAAAUAUCGCCUGGUCUUGCGGCCAUUCUCAUAAUGGAACACAUACUUUUGUUCAUUAAAUUUGGAUUUUCUCGAAUUGUCCCUGAGGAGCCUGCUUGGGUAAGAGCUGCACGACUGAAAAAUGCUACUCAGGCAGCAGAGAUGUGUUCUAAGCAACUCUUGAGGAGUAUAUCAGGCGAUGAUAAGAUUCUUAGCCCAAUGAAAAAGCAUGCAUAGGGUGGGAGAUAUACUGUCUGUACGAGCCAUAAGAAGGGAAACCUGGACAGGCAAAAUAGAGCAUCAACUCUGAUAUUAAGUCGGGGGUUGAAGAUAAUCUGUGCAAACAUUAACUUUCUUCUGUAUGGAUAAAAUGGUGGUGCUUCGUGUUAUAUAUCAUUUUGAUGAAGCUCUGUCCAUGGUGUAACAUAUGCUUGCACACGAUAAAUCUUGGUUUUUCAGGUUAUGAGUUGAAGAGUAAUUUGUACUCAGAGAUGGCAUCUUGGUACAUCAAAUUGGACAGGAUCGUGUAGAACUCACAAAAAUGUAUGCUCACUAUCCCGAGUUGCCAGUCUUUUGUUUGAAGAAUGUAAUAUGCUAUUCUUUUUUGAGCUGUCAUAUUGCUAUUCUUUGACUGUAUUAAAAACAUAAAUUGCUUUCAAAUGGAAUCUCGUUUUGCCAA